AUGCGGCAGUGCUUUACCGACUUGGUCAUGCUGCUUUGGCUCUUUGGCCGCUUUCUGUGCAGCGAGUCUGCCACUACUACCCUCCGAGGCAUUCUGCCUUGGAUACAGACGCUUGUCAUUCCAGUUUCUUUGCAUCCCAUGUACGACAAAUCGAAGCUAUCGUCCGUCGCAAAGAAAGAAACACCGGACGAAAUGCUCGGUACCGCGGCUUCUACCAGUACCAACGUGGUGAAGACUGAAGAGAACCUGGUGCGCCACCCGAGCAAAGAGCAGAAUAUUGCGGCACUUGUUUCCCAGAACCCCGCCACAAGCAGUUUUGGUGCAUCUGUUUUGGGGGGUUCCGGAGAAAUAAACACUCCCUUCGACUCGGUACUCUUCUACUCCGUACACGGUACAGAAGAAAAGGCCGGAUGGCUGGGGAACGAUAGAACGGGUGCCACGAUAUUCCCCGUCGCCCAUCCAUCCCACCCCGGAACGCCGAAAACUUUCAAGUUCACGUCCGCCUGA